CAGCCGCCUAUCGCCGCCGCCGCCGCCGCGCAUGUGCCCGAGGCCCUCGCUCGCUCGGUAGCGGCUGAGGGGGCGACAGCAGCGAGCGCGACGUCGUCGACAGGGCCUCCUCCGUCUCCCAUGGCCGGGACGCGCUGGGUGCUGGGCGCGCUGCUCCGGGGCUGCGGCUGUAGCUGCAACAGUUGCCGCCAGACCGGCGCGGCCUGCCUCCCUCUGCGCCCCGCCAUCUCGCCCGCCUCGGCUUCCUCCCACGCUCACGCCCUCGGCCUCUCCGGCCGCCGUCGCCUCCUGCUGCUACUCGGGGCAGCCACGCAGAGCCGCGGCUUCGCCAGCUCCGCCGGGCCGGUGCCCGGCUUCGGCUCCUUGCGGGGCUCGCUGCUGUCUCCGGCCCUCGCGGGGAGAUGCUACAGCCAGGAGCACAGUUCUCCAUUUCAGGAUGAAUAUCCCCCACUCUCGGAAUACGACCCACCUUCAGCGAAGUCAGGGGAGGAAGAUGAUGUGUAUCUUAUUCGUGCCCAAGGUCUGCCUUACUCCUGUACUGAAGAAGAUGUUCUCAACUUUUUUGAAGGCAGCAAGAUUCGAAAUGGUGUGAAUGGCAUACACUUCCUCUUAAACCGAGAUGGCAAACGUAGAGGCGAUGCUUUGGUUGAAUUGGAGUCAGAACAGGAUGUGCAGAAUGCCUUAGACAAGCAUCGAAGAUAUCUGGGCCAGCGGUAUGUGGAAGUUUUUGAAAUACAUAAUGAGGAUGUUGAUGCCAUCAUGAAGAGCCUGCAGUCCAGUUCAACAUCUGUGACCAAUGACGGAGUGGUACGACUGAGAGGCCUUCCAUAUAGUUGCACUGAAGUGGACAUUUCUGACUUCUUCUCAGGUUUGACUAUAGUUGACAUAACUUUUGUCAUGGACCAGAGGGGAAGAAGGAAAACAGGAGAAGCUUUUGUGCAAUUUGCUACACCUGAAAUGGCUAAUCAAGCCUUGUUGAAGCAUAAGGAGGAAAUUGGGAGCCGCUACAUAGAAAUCUUCCCAAGCCAAAGGAGUGAAAUUCGAACACACAAUGGGUUUUUCCGAGGUAAGAAGAUGAUGGGAUAUCCCACUACAAAACAAGAUCCUGAACCUGUUUUUGAGGAAAGUGAGUUGAAUGAGACCUUAAGACCUGCUGCAGCUUAUGAAAGUGAUAAAGAAAAUGAAGUUUUUAAGCAAGCUUUUGAAAACCCUCGGGAUGUGUCGGAAUCUGGGAGUUUCUCCUCGCUUCACUUUGUGCAUUUGAGAGGUCUGCCUUUUCAAGCAACAGCUCAAGAUAUUAUAAAUUUCUUUGCUCCCCUGAAACCGGUGAGGAUCACUAUGGAAUAUAAUUCAAGUGGGAAAGCGACAGGAGAAGCAGAUGUGCACUUUGAGACUCACGAAGAUGCAAUUGCAGCCAUGGCCAAGAACAGGUCUAACGUGCAGCAUAGAUACAUCGAAUUAUUCCUGAAUUCAUCACCAAGCAGAAAAAAUGGUUGCCAGUGACAAUGGCAUAAUUCCCAAAGUUUAGGAUAAAUCACGAUGCAUUUCAUUUGCACAUUUUCCUAGAGCUGGAAUAUAGGAGUCCCUGUAACCAGCAAGGAUAAAUUCUAAAGGACACUUUUUCUGAAUUGCCUUUCAAAGAAAAUCCAGCAGCUGUAUCUGAAACCCCUCAAAUUGUUUGUGCAGAUGUUUUGUGUAAACCAAAAUUAAAGUUGAACUGUCCUUAAAACUUCUUGCUACAGUACAUGUCAUAGUAGAUUGAGGGCCAAGCUGUGAUGUACAAACGUAGCACAAAUUGUCGUAAUUUUGGAACGUGACUGGUGCACAUGGAAGCAGGCUCUGUUUUUAGGAACCCUGUUUAACAUCAAUGCUUGCUCAGUACUUGAGUCUAGUCUGGGGUGGGUGGGUGGUAGGAGGCACUCAGUCAUGCUUUAGCAAAGAGAAAGGGGGUGGGGAGUGCAUGAUCUGCAAGCGGCUGCUGAUUGCUUUAGCCAUGGUAAAACAGUUGGCAAAGUUACAACUUUCCCAGCCUUUUGCAUGGAACGCAACACCAGAAAUGCUUUGAUCCUGGAGUUUAUGGUAGGAAUUCUGUUGUUCAUACCAUGGCCGUGGAAUGGGGAAGCCCCACAGUGGAGACAACUUAGCAUGCACAAAGGAAUGUAUUUAUGGAGAUGUGCCCUGCAUUGAAUAGGAUAGGGAAGCUGACUUGUAUAUGGCCGGUGGAAUGCACAUGAAGCUUUUGAUCAUAUUUAAAUUAUACUAUACUAUAUACUGGCUGGGAAUGAAGUGCUACAAAGAAGCUAGAAGGAAAGUUUUGAAAAUAUUAAACUUGAGCUGUAUGAAUAUUUAUUCAGAGUGGCAUGUGGUAAAAGCAAUACCUUUCAGCCUUUGCUCUAGGGUUGUUAGGUUGACGUAAGGUACCUUCAAGGUAAGCAAUUUCUUAUAUGACAAUUAGAUUUGGGGUGGGGGUGGGGAGAGAUUGCAAGGUGAAGACUAACAACUCAGGUGAUUUUCACCAUGUCAAUAGUUUGACUCUUUAUCAUUACAUUACUCUUUUCUUCUAAGACUCUCUGAGACAGUGGACUACACUCACGGUUAGGCUGAAAGAAGGCAGUUUGCUGAACUUGAUAGCCCCUGCCCCCCGGCAAAUGCAACACUCUGUUAUGUGACCCUCCUGGAUGGAGUGAGCAAGAAUAAGACAAACACACACACCCCAAAAUCAUCCAGAGGUGCCUUCUGCAUGCAGGAGCUCUGCCUGCUAGCAGAAUGACAUUGGAUACAACCCAGUAUGCAGUUACAUGAAUGUUUCCAGCAUUGUACGUGUGAAGCCAAUUCCCAGCUAAAUGUAAAGUAUAUGGUUACCAUAUAGGCAGAAUAAUUAAAAAUGCUACUACCCAUGUCUCAAUCCUUGGCCUAAACUAUCUGGGCAUGUUAGGUGAGCGAUGAAGUUUGCCUGAUAGUCUUGAUUUCUCUCUACCUUUUUUUCAGUCUCUUUAAUAAGCAGCCUUAUUUCAUAUAGCUUGCCGAGUUGACAAAAAUGGCAGUUCUGUAUUUUCAUAGUUAGCAGGGGUGAGUGUGUUCCAUGGGUGAUGCUGUAACUAACUCUUAAAACCCAAGUUGCUGCUGCCAUGUACUGUGACAAGUAGGUGUUAAGCAUUGCUUAUUAGUUUUUGCCUGUCUGAUCAUCAAGUCAAUGUAUUACUCUAAUAAAUGAAAGCUUUUUUCUUAAUGCAGACAA